CUCUAGAGUGGUUGUGACAGUAAUUUCACAGUGGUAAUUUUGUAUUUUGUUCAGUUUUCAUUGAUUAGUGGGUUUGAAUAAUUUCAUAAGUGAAGUAAAAUUUACGAAAAUUUCCAGUGACUUAUAUCCAGCCCCAGUUUUUAUUUUCUCAUCAAUGAAAAAUGUAUUAGUCCGAAAAAACCGUCCCGUUCAAUUCUAUUUGAUUAUUCCGCAUUACCAAUUAUUACUAGAUGUUUUCACAUGAAGUUAUUCAGCAAUGAGCAUAUUUUGAAAUAAAUUACAAUGGAUUCCACAACAAAAAUUGCCAACACUAAGUUCACAGGCGAAUUUGACUUUUACUUGGGAUUACUUUUAUCCAUUGGUUCUUCUCUAUUUAUUGGAUCGAGUUUUAUUUUGAAAAAAUUAUCCUUGACUAGAGUUAGUCAAAGAGGACACUUGAGGGCUGGAGCUGGCGGAUUUGGCUAUCUCACUGACUGGAUGUGGUGGUUCGGCCUUAUUACCAUGGGAAUAGGAGAAGUGUUCAAUUUUGCUGCAUAUACAUUUGCUCCAGCUUCCCUAGUGACUCCUUUGGGGGCUUUAAGCGUUUUAGUAUCAGCCCUAUUAGCAUCAAAGUUUUUGAAUGAAAAACUAAAUAAUAUAGGAAAGACUGGUUGUUUGUUGUGUCUUUUGGGAUCCACAAUGCUAGUCAUCCAUUCGCCGAAAGAAGAACAAAUAGAAACACUGAAUGAGUUGCUUAGUAGAGUUAAAAAUACAGUUUUCAUUGAGUAUUUGAUCCUAGUGGUCAUAGUGUGUUUCUCAAUUUUCUGCUAUUUUGGUCCUCUUUAUGGUACUAGAUAUGUGACGGUAUACAUACUGCUCUGUUCAGCAAUCGGAAGUAUAACCGUUAUGGCCUGCAAAGGAUUGGGCCUGGCUAUCAAAAACGUUGCAGGUGGUGAUCAAGAGCGUCUUCCAAAUAUGUGGAUACCGUUAGGUCUAUUACUAACAGUAAUAUUUUGUAUAUGUAUUCAAAUGAAUUAUCUUAACAAAGCUCUGGACCUCUUUAGUACUAGUGUAGUUACACCUAUAUAUUAUGUACUUUUUACAACAUUAGUAAUACUAGCGUCAGCUAUCUUGUUUGAAGAAUGGAAAAAUAUGAGUGAUGUUAACAUUGUUGGGGCAAUUUGUGGAUUUUUUGUUACUGUAGUAGCUAUAUUUCUUUUGAAUGUAUUCAAAGAGUGCAAUACAUCAAAGUUUCUGUUGAAACCAAAUAGUAAGCAAUACGGAUCUAAUAAUGAUUUUUUGAUUAGAUCUGUUUGAAUGGUAAGUCAAUUUGUUCAGGUUGCCAAGUCUGUGUGAUAUAUGAAGUGAGAUUUUCUCACUACUUGCUAAUAACUUGAUACUGCUCAAUUUAUUUUAUGAUUGAUUAAUCUGUGAUAAUAUGAUUAGUUCAUGUUUACAUUUUAUAUAUUAAUUUCUUCUUUCUUAGAAAUAUUACUCAAAUAUUUUAUACAAAGGAUCUUCUGUAUAAUUUUAUGAAUUACAAUGCUGUUGAAGUGAAUGAAAGUACUCGCCUAUUGCUCAAUAUUCUAUUUAUUCUUAGUCAGUAGAACAAUGAUUUUAUGAUCAAAAUAGACCUUAGCAAGGUUAAUUUUCAACAUAUUUACUUGAAAUUCUAUCUUUCACAUUGUUCUCAGCAUGUAAUGUUUCUUUAAGGUUAUAAAGAUACAAUCUUGAAUUUUGAAAAUAAUAAAAUACAUGAAAAGUUUUGAAAGGGGCCAUAAAUAAAAAAAAUUAUAGUAUAGGAAUGAUAAAACUGAUUGAUUUAAUUUGAAUUUACCUUCCUCAAGAGUACUGGAUAUUGUACAUAUUUAGUAGUUGUCUUCCAGGAGAAGAAAAAUAAACUUUUCAAUAAGCAUAAUAUUAACAAUGAAUUUUGUUGACGAGUUCUCCUGCUGGAAAUUUCAACAUGCCCAUGCAAAUUAUAUAAAUCAAUUUUAAAUAUUCAUAUUUUCCUACAUAAGCUGCGAACAUCAGAACAGAAACUGCCCUAGCAGUAUGUAAAGUACGUUUUGGACUCGUGACAUGAUUGUAGUUUAUUUGAUACAAUUGGAAUAAACAUUUCACAGAGAAAA